AUGAUCUUCUCAAGAACUGCUGCGCUUUUCGCGCUGGCGUCAGGCGUGUACGCCCAGUCGCAAUAUACUUCUACUGCAACGGCUGCCGUAGCCAAGGCUGCUGCCACAGCGCUAACUCUAUCCCCCACAUCGAGCGUCGCUGGUCUCACUUUCGAUCGCUUUGUUCAGAUCUGGCUAGAGAACCAGGAUUACAGUGCAGCUAUCGAGGACACGAACCUCGCCUAUCUUGCGUCUCUCGGCAUCACCCUCACGAAUUAUUUUGCAAUCACCCAUCCUUCUCAGCCUAACUAUGUGGCCGCUGUUGGUGGUAGCACCUUCGGGAUCGCUGACGACAGUACGCACUACAUCUCUUCGAGCACCAAGACAAUCGUAGAUCUCCUGGAAAAUGCUGGCGUCAGCUGGAGUUUGUAUCAAGAGGAUCUGCCUUAUUCUGGCUUUGAGGCAAAUUAUCCCAACCAAAAAACCGGUGCAAAUGACUACAUGCGCAAGCACAAUCCCCUGAUGAGCUACAACUCGGUGACAUCAAACACCGAUCGUCUUGCUAAAUCAAAGAACUUCACCAUGUUCUACAAAGACUUGGACAACAACGAACUGCCUCAAUGGAUGUUCAUCACCCCCAACAUGACCAACGACGGCCACGAUAGUUCGCUUGCCAAAGCUGGAGCUUGGUCUCGUAACUUUUUGACCCCUCUGCUCUCCAACAAGAACUUCAACACUGAUAGUACUUUGAUCAUCCUUACCUUUGACGAAGGGUCAACCUUUGGGACAAACCAAAUUUAUGCUGUGCUGUUGGGUGGCGCCGUGACCAGCGCCCAGGUUGGUACCAGUGACGAUACCGCAUAUGAUCACUAUAGUUUGUUGAAGACGGUGGAGACCAAUUGGAACCUGGGUAACCUUGGAGAAAACGAUGUGGAUGCCACUGCAUUCUUCUAG